CUUCUUUCUAUAUGGUUUAGCUCCAUUAAUUGUCUACUUAUAAAUAAAGCUAAUCUAACAACACAAAUCUAUGUCAAAACGGCUAUUUAGCAGUUUUAAACAUACAAAUAUAAAUGUUUGAUGGCUGGGAACUAUCCAUACUUCCAUAAUCCAAUCCCUAGAUUCCAAAAUUACAACUUUGCGAGCAGCUCAUCUCAUCAUCACCAACAUCAUGAUGGUCUAGUGGUGGAACAAGAGGAAAACAUGGUGAUAAAAGAACAAGACAGGCUACUCCCGAUAGCAAACGUAGGAAGGAUCAUGAAGAACAUUCUCCCACCAAACGCAAAGAUCUCUAAAGAAGCAAAAGAGACUAUGCAAGAAUGUGUCUCCGAGUUCAUAAGCUUUGUCACUGGAGAAGCCUCUGAUAAAUGCCAUAAGGAGAAGAGAAAGACAGUUAACGGUGACGAUAUCUGUUGGGCUAUGGCAAAUCUAGGGUUUGAUGAUUACGCUGAGCAGCUCAAAAAGUACUUAAAUCGCUACCGAGUUAUCGAAGGAGAGAGAUCUAAUCAUCACGGCAAAGAAAGGAGCUAAAAUCUUCAACGGAUAAUUAACUGUUUGAUUUCCCUUUUAUUUAUACGCUCGUGUUUGUUCUCCGACCGGCUUCUUAACAUCACCAAAUACAUGUGGUGAUUUAUUUAUAUAUAUCAUAUAUAGUACUAGAGAUAUAAAGAAACAUAUAUGAUUAUUUAUGAUAUAUGUAUGUGGUUUGAGGCUGUGUAGAGAUCUGUGCUAGUCGUUCUUCCUGAGUUUGUUAAUUUUUAUCGUUAAAUUUAAGGGUGUUUUCGAUUUUA